AGUUACUCUUUCUGGUGGAUUCCAGAGCCUUAUCUAACAGGUUUGUCGCUUGCGAACCUGUGUUUUAUUAUAGGAUUAGCGUUUGCUUUUCCUUCACGCUUCCGUAUUGCGUCAAGUAAGGUGGAUGAAAAAGUUAAAGCCAGGAUUAAAAAAGGGUGCUUUUACUGAAGAGGAAAAGAAGACUGUCAUAGAACUCCAUGAUCAAUUAGGAGACAAUUUGGCUGCAAUUUCUCAGAAGGUACCUGGACGAACAAACCGUGAUGUCAGGCACUUUUGGAAAAGGAAGAUGGGGCAUUUGGAUAACAGCAGUAUCAAAUUUGAUAACAAAAUUGAUAACAGCAGUAUCAAACUUGACAGCAGCACUGUGAAAUUUCCUGUAUACGAGUUCACAUAUGAAGAUCCGCCACAGCUACCGCCUGGCAGCUACGUCUGCUUUUUUGAUGAAGUAGCCAAAUUUCCUUUGAAGUAG